ACAUCAUUGGAAUAUAAACAGUGUAUAUUUAAAUCGUCUCCCCGACUUCACAUUGAAAUUAAAUAUCACCUGAAAGACGAUUAUCAUUUUAAAACCAACAUCGCGUGGACCUCGUGUGACAUGGAAACUCCACGGGGACAUAUUUAAUUCUCAUAUGAUAAGAAUUCUCUCUCCUUUUUGUGUUUCAAAACUUGUCAAUUUAAUAUUUGUGUAUUGCCUAGAAUUUCUAAACGAAAAACGAACACGGUUACCUCCUGCGGCAGAACACUUAGUGAUUAUUAAUUUCCCUCGCGCAUUUGUGUCAGUCUCAAGGUACUUUUGUGUCAAAGCUCGACGCCGUUUCAAUAUUGAUCUACUGAAUGCGUAAUAUAUUUCACCAAGGGCAAGCUGCACAUCCAAAUAUUACCUGUUCCUGCAGGCACAUGUUACAAAAGGUCAGUCUAAACAAUUAAAAUGAGCCAUUUAGCUGCUUGAAUUAUUCAUGUUCUUCAGUUAAUUUGUUAAUACAGUGAGCUCCAUAAUGUUUGGAUGAAGACGAAUAUACAAAGAAUAUUUUUUCUUGAUUUAGUUCUGUACUCCACAAUUUUAGAUUUGUAAAAAAAAAAAAAAUUACAUAUGGUUAAAGUGCACACUCUCAGCUUUUAUUUAAAGGCAUUUUAUUCACUGGUUUUACUAUAUAGAAAAGGUGCUAAGUAUUUACUCUGGUGAUGCUCUGCCAGGCCUGUGCUGUAGCCAUCCUUUGCUCCUACUUGUUUCAGGUCUAGUUGCCUUAAGUUUUUUCUUCAGCAUAUGAAACACAUGUUCAGUUGGAUUCAGAUUGGCUGAUUGACUUGACACAGUCACAAAUUUUCCCGUUUUUUGGCCCCGUGUUGCUUUAGCAGUAUGUCUAGGAGAAUUGUCUUGAAGCACCAUCUAAUGAGUUUGGUGGCCCUUGAUUGAACUUGAGCAGAUAAGAUGCUUCUGUACACUUCAAAAUUCAUUCUGAUGCUGCAAUGAACAGUUACAUCAUCAGUGACGACAUGUGAGCCACUACCAUUGAUGCCUAAACCAUAACACCCCCGCCACUAUGUUUCACAGAUGAGGAGGGGGGCUGCUUUGCAUCUUGGGAACUUCCUUUUGGCCUCCACACUUUACUCUUGCCAUCAGCCUGAUACAAGAGAAUAUUGGUCUCAUCUAUCCACAAGACCUUUUUACAGAACUUUGAAGGUUCUUUUAGGUACUUCUUAGAAAAUUGUAACCUGGCCAUCCUGUUUUCAUGGAUAACUUGUGGUUUGCAUCUUGCAUAGUAGCAUCUCUAAUUCUGUUUGUGAAGUCUUUUGCAGACAGUUGGCAAUGACAUAUCCAUCCCAGCCUCCUGAAGAGUGUUUCUGAUCUGUCAGACAGGUGUUUGGGUUUUUUUUCUUCCCAUUAUGGUGAGAAUCCUUUGCUCAUCAACUGUAGAGGUCUUUCUUAGCCUUAGAUUACUGAGCUCACCAGUGCUCUCUUUCUUCUUAAUCAUAUUUCAAACAGUUAAUUUUGGUAAGGAUAAGUUUUGACCUAUCUAUCUAUGACAGUUUUUUUUCUUAUUUCUCAGCCUCAUAAUGGCUUCUUUGACUUUAAUUGGCACAACUCUGGUCCUUGUGUUGACAAAUACCAAUAACAGAUUCCAAAGGCAAUCAAAACCCUAGAAUAAAGACUAGAUACUGAAAACUUUUAUUUUCUUGCACUAAGGAUGCAAUUGAACACACCUGACUAAUCAAAAUCACCUGUGAAGCCAUUUGUCCCAAACAUGGUGCACCAAAAUGGGGGCUAUGUAUCAAAAUUGCUGUAAUUUCUAAAUGGUGAAACCAAAAUGUAUAAAAAUACCCUUUAAUAAAAGUUUGCUGAAUUGCACAUUUUAAAUUUUGGAGUUGACCCAAAUCAAGAAACAACUGAUGUAUUUAUUUAUUUAUUGCAUUUUAUCAAUUCAAGUAAAAUAGCAUAUUUAAUGGAAGCUUUGGGGAACAAGGUGGUCGUGGUGAAGGUUGUCAUGAGAAUGAAUCACAGAAAAUUGUAUGAAUUUUGUGGAUGUCUUUGGUUUGUUAUUGGUGCACAUAGACAUAUAAUGAAACAUAUGGCAUAUGUAGUAGGUAAACAAAGCAACAAUACAAAUGUGUCUAAGAUAAUCUAAAUGCAUGAUGAAGCAGUUCUUGAAACUAAAUGAGAAAUAUUGACAUGUAGGCAAUAUUUCUUAUGUAGUAGGUAAACAAAGCAACAAUACAAAUGUGUCUAAGAUAAUCUCAAUGCAUGAUGAAGCAGUUCUUGAAACUAAAUGAGAAAUAUUGACAUGUAGGCAUUUGACCAUCAAAUGAAAUUAACCAAUCAGACGUGAGUUGUAGGCCUGUGAUUGAAUGUAAAACAGGUCAUCACAUUUAGUAACAUAAUCUUAAUUUUUUUUAGCUUACCCUAUAUGAUGUUGAUUGUGAUAUUGUUUUUAUGCUUCUUGCAGAUUUAUUUCCUGUUUUCCUCUGUUCCUAACUGACAUACAGACUUUGCCUCAUUAACUUGCGUUGAUUCAAAUUGACUUUUUAAAAAUCAAUUUCUUGGUUCUAUUGCAGUGUCCUUCUUUAAGCGUUUCUUCUCUAAAGAAAAGCAUUUUGAAGUGAAAAGUUUUAAAAACGCCUAGAGCAGCUCACAGGAUAACUGAGGUCGUAUGCCUGCGUGAAGUUAACCUUUCAACACAAUGCAGAUGGGAUAGCCUACCUUACAAUUUUCCAUGAACAUUUUACCAUAGAGGUAAAGCACUUCACUUGGAGUGAACUUCAAGCAUCCGUCAGUGUUUUGGCACUGCACACGUAGGAAUGCGAAUAAGUCUAGCUGUUUUUCUGCCGUACAGCACCACCGUGUGGUGGGUAUGUUUCAUCACAAAUGGACGGCUUGUGUACGGGAGUGCUUUCUAGCUCUUGCAACAAAACUUCAGUUGAUAACCGAAAGUAUCAGUACAGAAGGCGUCACCACACAAAUAACGUGACGAUGAACGUAAUAAUGGAAGCAAUGUGGAGCGCGGGCCAGUUCAAAAAGAAAUAUCCACGCAGAAGGCGUUAUCAAGCAAAUGACGUUACAAUGAAUGUACACAGCCCUGUGUUUAUAUAUAUAUAUAUAUAUAUAUUUAAAUUUUUUUAUGUAGCCUAUAAACCAAUGUUCAAUACACUAUUUAAUUUAAACUUAAUGUGCUAACUUAAUGUUUCUUUAUUACAAGUUAUUGCAUCCAUAUACAAGGGGUGAGUGGCGUUAAAUAUGUGCGUGCGCGCGCGCGCGCGUAUGUGGGUGUGUGCGUGUGUGUUUAUUCAUUUAUAUACUGUAUGUAUUUGUCAGGUUGGCGGCACUCCGGUUGCCAAACCGGUAAAUACCCUUGACAACCAGUUUUUCCGGUUUAUCAAAAUGCUCGGUUUCCCACCAGGAUGACAACCGAAAGAGACAGGUGGAUUUCCAGCUGUUCUACAACCUCCAGAGCUUUCUCCGGCGAAAAUAAGAAUACUUUUUCAUAAAGGCUUGCAAGACGAUACCAAAGGCUUUGACACUGCGUAGAUAAAAUCAAUGAGUGUCAACUUCAGCGUUUUUUUAAACUUCCAAUUGACAGAACGAGCUUUUGAUUUCGGAUUUGGAUAAAAUGGCUAAGUCCGGCACGCGAGGCAGGAUAGAGCUUCAGGUAGAGGACCCCUGGCUGGACAGGUACCAGGUAAUGGAGAGCUGCUCCAAUGCUAGACUCAAGGCUCGUCUGCCAGUCUUGGGGUGGCUGCCCAGGUACAGACUGACCUGGCUCCAGAUGGACCUGAUCGCUGGGGCAACAGUGGGUCUGACCACAGUGCCCAUGGCCUUGGCGUACGCUGAAGUAGCUGGCCUACCUGUGCAGUAUGGCCUGUACUCGGCGUUCAUGGGGGGGUUUGUGUACUGCAUCUUCGGAACGGCGAAGGAUUUGGCUCUUGGCCCGACGGGCAUCAUGUCCCUCCUCUGUGCCUCUCACGUGCACCACGAUCCCAUCUACGCCGUGCUCCUGACCUUCCUGUGUGGGGUCAUCCAGGUGGCUAUUGCCCUUCUGAAGCUGGGCUUCCUGCUGGAUCUCAUAUCCCACCCGGUGAUUAGGGGCUUCACCUGCGCUGCUGCCUUCACCAUCAGCGUUGGGCAACUGAAGAACAUUCUGGGUCUUCAGGAUAUUCCUCACCAGUUCGUCCUGCAGCUCUACGACAGCCUUCGCAGGAUACCUGAAUCCAGGUUGGGGGAUGUGACCUUGGGCCUGCUCUGCCUCAGCUUGCUGACGAUGCUGAUGAGGAUGAAGAAUUACGGGCAAGGUGCAGGGGACCUGACCACCCAGAGUCACGCCCGCAUCUUGCUGCGAGGCCUUGCCACAGCGCGCUGUGCCCUCGUAGUGAUUGGCGCCACUGCCGUGGCAUAUGCGUGCGAGGAAUCCGGGAAUGGAAUGUUCACCAUUAUGGGUUCGACCUCCCAGGGCCUCCCCCCGCUCAGAGCUCCGUCCUUCUCCGAGAUCACAUCCGACGGAGAGGUGAUCACCUUCAGUGAGAUCGCACAGGAUCUGGGAGGAGGACUGGUUGUCAUCCCUUUCAUGGGAUUACUGGAGAGCAUCGCAAUAGCCAAGGCCUUCGCCAGCCAGAACAACUACCAAAUCGACACCAACCAGGAGGUCUUUGCAAUCGGCCUCACCAACAUCCUGGGGUCCUUCGUCUCUGCGUAUCCCGUCACUGGGAGCUUUGGAAGGAGCGCCGUGAACUCGCAAACUGGGGUGUGCACACCACUAGGGGGCGUGGUGACAGGCCUGAUCGUGCUGCUCUCUCUGGUCUUCCUCAUGCCACUCUUUUGCUACGUCCCUAAGGCCGCUCUAGCUGCGGUCAUCAUCUCCUCUGUGGCUCCCAUGGCUGACCUCCGAGGGUACCAGGAGAUCUGGGAGGUUGGAGGAGUGGACCUGGUGUCUUUCCUGGUGACCUUCCUGGCGAGCUUCUGGGAGAUGCAGUAUGGCAUUGUCGGAGGUGUAGCUGUUUCCGGAGCAAUCCAUCUGUUCAGUUUUACAAGGAAAAAGCUCUCUGUGAACUCCAGCAUACACCACUCAUGACUCACCCUGGAGAAACUUGAACAAUGUAUCAGCAGGCCACCUCCUCACCUGGAUUAUUUUGCCCUCAGUAGUCCUGUCAAUUUUGAACUUCCUUGAUGAUAUUUAACCAUAUAUUUAAUAAAAUGUAAUGUUUCCUCAAAAACUGAUGCACAUGAAGUUACAGGAAGAGAAAUAAUGUGUCUGGGGAAGAUUGCGUUGAGAUGUUCUCGUAAACUUUCACCAUCUCAACCAAACAUGGUGCAUCAGCGACCUCCGGUGGUGGAUGCGAGAACCGCGCAGCUCUACUGGUGGAAUAUUGGGUGAAAUCAAGGGUGGAGGAAGGCAGGGGAACUCCAGAGGACAAGUCGUGCUUGUCUGCACUCUCCCAAAUUGAGAAAGGAAGUUGCAAUGAUGAGAUGGACCUAUGUGUGCAACUGGACAUUUCAAGUUUGGAGAGGAUAAAAAAUUGAGAAUGAAAAAAAAACUGCAAGCAGAAACACUCUAAAGUAGGCCAAGCCAUAGAGUGGUUCUAUAUAGUGGUGACCACUCCCUUGAGUGGAUGCAAUUUUAUAUAGAACCUUUUUAUCAUAUAAUGUGAAAGUGCUUUAAAGUGAAGAAGGGAAGCUUACCUCAGCCACCAAUGUGUAGCACCCACCCUAGGUGAUCCAUGGUAGCCAAAUGCACAAGACUUCUCACUACACCUCAGCACAGGCAGAGAGGAGGGCAAGAUUAGGCAAUUAAAUAAAGGGGCCAUCUAUUAUUGGAAAAUUGAGAUAAUGUGUGUGUGUGUGUGUGUGUGUAUGUGUAAAUAUACACCAUAUGACCUAAAGUAUGUGGACACCCCUUGGUCUGGGGCUGUUGUUCGUGGUUUGGAAUCACAUUCUACUCCAGACAACUCCAUAUUAAUCCCCAUAAUUCUGGAUGAGAUGUUGGAUGUCAGGUGUCCACAUACAAUACUUUUAGCCAUAUAGUGUAUUUGUUGCUCAGGUCCCCUUUGCAAAAGAAAUUUUGAUCUCAAUGGGGGUUUUUCCUGGUUAAAUAAAGGUUAAAUAAAUAAAAAAAUCCAAGACAGGAUAGUA